CGAGCGGCUGCUGAUCCGAGGCGGCCAGGGGCUGGCUGUGUUCCCCUGAGGUGCCCUCCCAAGCCAAUGUGCCUUGGUCCGCUGGGGCGAGAGCAGCCUCCGAUUUGGGGCAACUUGGGAUUCAGGACCCGGAGCAGGGACGUCGGUUUGAGAUCGUGACUCAGCGAAGAGGAUGGAAAGGAUGUAUGAACGUGGAAGCCAUUAGCAGAGUAAUUGCUGUCUGUUACCAUGACAACCAGCCGCUGCAGUCACCUGCCCGUAGUCCUGCCAGACUGCACCAGUUCGGCUGUGCCCGUGGUGAAGACUGUGGAGGAUUGUGGCAGCCUAGUGAAUGGGCAGCCACAGUAUGUCAUGCAAGUCUCAGCCAAGGACGGGCAGCUGCUGUCAACAGUAGUGCGGACUCUUGCCACCCAGAGCCCUUUCAAUGACCGACCAAUGUGCAGAAUCUGCCACGAAGGCAGUAGCCAAGAGGACCUGCUCUCUCCAUGUGAAUGUACUGGGACGCUGGGGACAAUUCAUCGGAGUUGUCUGGAACACUGGCUGUCGUCCUCAAACACCAGCUACUGUGAACUCUGCCACUUCAGGUUUGCAGUGGAGCGCAAACCCAGGCCGUUGGUGGAGUGGCUCAGAAACCCAGGUCCCCAGCAUGAGAAGCGGACUCUGUUUGGAGACAUGGUGUGCUUCUUGUUUAUAACGCCCCUGGCCACCAUCUCGGGCUGGCUCUGCCUGCGUGGCGCGGUGGACCACCUGCACUUUAGUAGUCGGCUCCAAGCCGUCGGACUGAUUGCACUCACUGUCGCACUCUUCACUAUUUACCUCUUUUGGACACUAGUGUCAUUUAAGUACCACUGUCAAUUGUACAAUGAGUGGCGUCGGACCAAUCAGAGGGUGAUUCUCCUCAUUCCAAAGUCUGUCAACGUACCUUCUAACCAACAGUCCUUGCUGGGCCUCCAUUCAGUCAAGAGGAACUCAAAGGAGACAAUUGUUUGAUGCUUGCAUGGGGUGGUUGGUUGAUUAUCUGUUUGGGGUCUGGAAGUUUCCUCACUGGGGCCAUGCACUGAGCCACACCUCAACUCUUCUUUCAGCUUGUGGGUCUAAGAACUGCCAGAGCCGUUUUAGUACCUUGCCCGGAGCAACAAACUCUGCCAGAAGAAAGCAAAAGCUGUUUUCCUUCAAAUCAUGGAUGCUGCAAUCAUAUGAUAUUUGCUAAGCUGCCAAACAUGUUUAUUUAGCAGAUAC